ACUAGUUCCGUGUGGAAACUACGCCGGUCCGGGUGCAAAGUUUCAGCCGUCUGCAAACGCGCAUCACAGAGGGUCAGUAUAACCGGGCAGAUCUCCGGUCCCCAGCGCUCAUUAAACCCGGAUCCCCGCAUCGAUUACGGUCUGUCGGUCGGAACGAGUUCAGAUCAAGCUUCAUUGUUUCGUGCUCUGGAAUCAUGGCCUGCGCGCCGAACCGGGUCCGUCUGCUGUGCAUGCUGUCGCUCACCUUCGGGUUCUUCAUCGUGGAAGUGGUAGUAAGCCGGCUCACGUCGUCUCUAGCAAUGCUGUCAGACUCUUUUCAUAUGUUAUCGGACGUGAUCGCGCUGGUCGUGGCUCUGGUGGCGGUACGCUUCGCCGAGAAGACCCAAUCCACCAACAAGAACACGUUCGGCUGGAUCCGGGCCGAGGUGAUGGGCGCGCUGGUCAACGCCGUGUUCCUCACCGCGCUCUGUUUCACCAUCAUCCUGGAGGCCACCGAGCGCUUCACGGAGCCGCAUGAGAUCGAGAAGCCCUGGGUGGUGAUCGGGGUGGGCGCCGCGGGGCUAGUGGUCAACUUGCUCGGGCUCUGUCUCUUCCACGGGCACGCUGGAGGCGGUGGACACGGCCAUUCCCACGGAGGACACAAAAAACACAAGAAUGGGAAAGCCCGCAGGUCCGAAAUGCUGGAGGAUUGCCGGUCCGCUGGAGAAGAGACCAAUAACCUGGUCGGGAAUCACAAUAGCAGCCCGAACGGCGUUAAUACGGACCGGAGGAGAGCUGAUGUGUGUCAUAGCAACAGCCUGGAUUUGCAGAUUAACGGCAAUGCUCCAUAUGAAGAACUUGAAAACGGACAUGACUCUGCAUCCCAGCUCAACAUGCGGGGUGUUUUCCUUCACGUCCUGGGUGAUGCUCUCGGCUCUGUGAUCGUGGUGGUCAACGCCCUCAUCUUCACCUUUGUAUGGAAGCCGUGCUUGCCUGGUACGCUCUGUGAGAACCCUUGUGCUGGUCACCAAUGCACAGACCAUGUUGAGAAUAUCAGCAGUGCAGGAACCAACCAUACGAUGUUCAAAGCAGGGCCUUGCUGGGUGCUUUAUCUCGACCCAACGCUUUGUGUCAUCAUGGUCUGUAUCCUUCUGUACACCACGUACCCACUUCUGAAAGAGUCUGCGCUUAUCCUACUGCAAACCGUGCCCAAGCAGAUCGACAUGCAUCAGCUCAAGGCCCGGCUGCAGGAACUGGAGGGCGUGCUGGCAGUGCAUGAGCUGCACAUCUGGCAGCUGGCAGGCAGUCGCAUUAUUGCCACAGCGCACAUCAAAUGCCACGACCCUACCUCCUAUAUGGAUGUAGCCAAGCGUAUCAAGGACUUUUUCCAUGACGAGGGCAUCCACGCAACGACCAUUCAACCAGAAUUUGUCACAAUGAACUCGGAUUCUCGUGCGUCACUUUGCGAGCUGUCUUGCAGAACGCAGUGUGCACCAAAACUAUGCUGUGGCGCAGCUGAUACUGUAAAACAACCGGAUGGUGCUCUGGGCCAAAAGAAACCAAGUGAGUCCAAAACCCCAAUGGUCCCAGGAGAAGGUUCUGCUCUGGAGAUCAUCAAUGAGUCUGUGGAGACUGCAAGCAGGCCUGAAGCCCCUGUGAUCAUCACAAGGGAAGUGGAGUCAUCACUGUGAAAUAAAAGCAGUUUAGAUGGAGAAUAAUCUGUUUGGUUAAGGUUACCGGUGUGUUUUGGAUCAGCUGACUGAUUUCUACUUUGCUGUGAGAAGAGUCCAAACACACAUUCAUCAUAAUACACACACACACACACGUACACACACUGCCCUGUCUCCACAACACCAUAUCAACAUAAAGACAAUAUGAAAAGACUGGAGAGAAAGGCCUUCUGCAUGUGUGUUUACUGCAUUGUCGGAUUGGUGUUUGUGCCAAAGCUUCUCUUUAUACAGGAUGUCAGACACUUGUGUCCUUCCUGUGGAUGUAAUGCAAUGACAUGUAAUUUUCAAGUUUGGCUGCUGGAUCAUUUAAAGGAGAAAUGUCUUGACCAAUUUUUUUUACCCAUCUGUUCUGUUUUAUCUUUCAUACUUUAUAUUGUUUGUUUUCUUAGUCAUAUUCAACUUUUAUAUUUUGUGAGAGAUUUAAUAAUUUAUGUAUUUAAGUUAUUGGUAAUUACAUUUAGUUUUUUGUUUUUCAAAAAGCUUUUUGUAAGAUUUAGAGGUAUUUUGCCUCUCUCGACACAAAGUAUUUUUUUUAAUUUUUUUUUAUAUGUUGUUUUUAAAGAUUGCUGUUAAAUCUUUCACUCUUUUUAGAUGAUCUGUUUUAUUUGACCUCAUAAGAUGUUUCAGCAGUUCUUCACCAAGCCUAUAAUUGAAACUGCUGUUAUAGCACUGAAUCUAGUCAGUGUAGGAACUAGACAACCCUCUCUUGUUGAUUUUUUAUACAAACUGAUGCCUUCUUCGUUCUGUGGUUCUGUCAAUCAAACCAGAGGUGAAAAUGCUGUCAAAAUGUAAAAUAUGUUGUCAAACUGCAAGAGGGUGAUUUGUCCAUGCUGUUGUUUAAAGUGAAGGGACCGCUUCAGAUUUGUAGCAAACGUUAAUAUGGCACCUGUGCAUGACCAAAUAUAAUGGUUCAUAAUAAAUGCUUUGAGGGAGAAACAAAGCGACUUUAUAAACCAUAAGACAAGGGAGUUUUUUUUUUUCUUUUUCUGAAAUACACGGGGAAUGGGCACAGGUUUGGGUUGAUCGGAUUCUUUUUGGUGUCGCACAAUCUUUUCAGUGGCCUUCGUUGGAGGAAAAAACAGGCUGAAUAUCAGCCCUUCACAACACUAUAUCUGCAAACUUUGGUAAUAUUUGAUGUGGGUAAAAAUAUGCAAUUUAUGAAAAACAGGAAAACUUGUCUUUAUUAUUAGUUGUUUAGUGAUUUUCUUAGAAAUCUGUAAACAUGAGCUCACAGCAUAUACUAUAUGUGCAGACAAGAGUGUUUGUAUCACUGAGGAUUUUAAGCAUACCAUGCUGAAGUAUUUUUCAUAUGUUCCUGUCAACUGUGUUGUUGUGAAUUAAAAAUGCUUGUUUGGUACUGUUCAA